AUGGAAGAACCAGCGGGAGAUGAGAAGGACCCACCCACCAAGAAAGACCAAAUUGAAAAGUUAAAGGGCAGCAUCGACGACUUACUAAACGAUGGGAACGCCCUGUCAGAUUUGGAGACUCUAAAAGAGUCACUCGCCAAACUGGAGUUUCACACAGAGCACAAUAACGCGGACCUGGCCACCCACCUCGGAGAGACGCAGCGGACCAGCAGUGCCCACAAUGAUAGAACGUGCUUGCAGCUGAGGAGGGAACUGCUCAAGCAGAAGAACCUAAACUGGUGCCUGUCUCUGAAGGUCCGAAGCAUACACAUGAAGCUAAACAGCCUCUAUGCCAAAAAGGAGCAGCUUGAAAGGAGCGUGCAAAACAGGAUGAGGGAGAUAGAGUUGCAGGUCCUCGCUGGAGCUUCGCCGCACCAGGUAGAGCUAAGUGGUGAGGGGGUUCUAAGCAGUCUGCCCCCUCGCACGCCGGCAAAUGAAGGUGCCACAAAUGAGGAGGCCCUAAAUGAAGAAAAAAAAAAAGUGGAGGAAUUAAAGCGAAUGGUAGAAACGCACGAAAAGACCAUCCAGGUGAGGGAAGCGGAGAAGGCCAAGUCCGCGUUGGAGCUGAAGAGCUGUAAGGACAAGCUAAACGAGGAAAUCGAAAGGAAUGCAAAUUUAUAUAAGAAGAUAAGAACGUACGAAGCGAAUUUGGAGAGAGUAAAACAGGAGGGAGAAAAGUACCUGGAUGAGCUGGAUGAGCUUAGAGGGCAGCUGCAAAAGUGGCGAAGUGCAAACAGCCAAGUGGAGGAGAGGAACAAAAUCCUGCAGGAGGAGAAGGGCAGAUUGACGCAAGCGAAUAAUGGGCUGAAGAUAAGGCUGCAACGUGUGCAGGCGUGCCUGACCGACUGCAGGCAGAGGGAGCGCGCCUUCACCAGCUGCUCGCGCAAGAUAAUGAGUGUCGCCGCGUUUCUGCGGGGAGGCGGCAGGGUCAGCGGCAGGGCGAGCGGCAUGGUCAGCGGCGCGGUGGGCAACACGUUGGGAGAUACGAUGGGCGCGAUGGGAGAUACAGUGUUAGACACGAUGGACGACUCGUUGGGCGGUGCCUUGGACGACACCAUGGACGAUGCGAUCGACCCCACCUUUGCGCAGGCGGAGCUGCAGCUGGACGCCAUUUGGGCCUCCGUCCGGGCCUUGGUCGGGGCGAAGCGCGAGUUCGAGGGCCAACGGGACGAGCUGGAGCGAGCGCGAGCCGAGGCGCAGGCCGCGAAGAGGGAGCUCGAAAGGAAGAAGAGGAGCUACGAGGAAGUGAAGCAGCAACUGGGCGAGCUGCAAACGAGGCAGCAACGGAAUGAAGAAGAAGUUACAACGGCGAAGGAGAAGGACGAGAGGACCAUUACGCAGCUAAGACAGACACUACAGGAGGAGGUUAAGCUAACCAACGAAUAUAAAAACAAAAAUGAAUACAACUUGAUGAGGAUUAGACGACUGAAGAGGAGAGAAAAUAAAAUGCUUUUUCAAAUGAACCAGUUGAGGAGGUACAUAGAGGAGAAGAGGACCAAUUUGGAACGAGCAAACGAAGAGAGUAGCAACCAAAUUAAGCACGUCAAGCAGAGGAACAAAGAGUUGGUCGUCAACCUGAAUGACAUCCACGUGCAGUUGCAAAGAUGCGUAGGUCAAGUCACCACCGUCAGUAAGAAUAUGAAAGUGGUGGAGAGGGAGAAGCAAAAGCUCGCGCAGCAAUUGCGUAUUAUGAAAUCCCAAAAUGGAGAGCUGGCCAGAGAGUUGCAAACGACUAGGGAAAAAAACGGCGCAAUGAAAAUGAAGGUGUAUGCACUGAGCAGCAGAAUGAGGAAAAUGGAAGCAAAAAUGAAAGCAAAAAUGAAGGAAAAAAUGGAAGCAAAAAUGAAAAACGUUAAUGUAAAGCUGAGCAAAAUUGUGAAACACCAUGCCAAGUGCAACAGAAACUACAAAGAGGAGCUCUGCCGGAAGGAGGAACACCUCGAAGAGCUCCAAACGAAGCAGAAGGAGCUGCAAACGAAGCAGAAGCAGCUGCAGGAGGAGCUGAAGGAGAAGGAAAAGACCAUCCACAGAAACGAUGCAUGUUUGCAAAAAAUGGAAGAAGCAAUUAAGCUGCACGAACAGGAGAAGGACAACCUGAAUGAGGAAUUAAAAAAAAAAAAUUUAUUUAUAGAAAGUAAAGAGGAAAAAAUAGACAGGCUCAGUAACAUAGAAAGCGAUUUGCUCAAGAGAGGAAAAAUGAACCAACUGAAGCUCAUCGAAAGGAACAGGGAAAUAGAAAGCAACCUCUCCCAGUUGAAGAAAAUUAAAAUGGAAAAUGCAAAGCUGCAUGGAGUGGCGGAUAAGCUGAAGAAGGAAUUGAUCGACGCAGAGCUGAGGUGCAAAAUGGCCUACCGCGCUUUGGAAAAAUUGAAAGAGGAAAAAAAAAAAAUAAUUACAAGUUUAGAGAACGACUUGCAGGAGAGGGAGAAAUGCCUCCAGGUGACACAGCAGAGGGUCGAGCUCCUCACGCGGGAAAAGAAUGAUGACCAGUGCAGCACUCAGAACGAAUUGAGGCUGCUGCAAAAGCAGGUGGAGCAGCUAACAAGGGAAAAGGAAGCGUGCGUGGAGAAGGAGAAGCAACAGAGCCGUCAGCUGCAACAGCUGGAGAGUGAACGGCAGCAACUGGGCAGUCAGCUGCAACAAAUGAAUAGCCAACUGCAACUGUCGGAGCAGAAGCUAAAGGAAGAAAUCGCAAGCAAUGAGGAGGGGAAAAGGCAAAACGAAAGCCUCUCCAACCAGGUGGACGAAUGCCAGAGGAAGGUACAAAAACAGGAGGAAGAAAUAAAGACGCUGCUGAAGGUGCAGCAAACCAGUGAGCGUGAGAGGAUGGACGAGUACAACCACAAUGAAGAGGCUCUAAAGCAGCGCUUUGAAGAGGAAAAAGAAAAUAUGAAACGCCAGUUUGAGGCACUAAUGCAGACAGAGAAGGAGACUCAGCAGAAACAAAUGAAAGAGAUGGCCACCCAGAAGGAAAAACAAAUCGAGGAGUUAUCCAAAGAAAUGCAAGCGGAGAAAGAACGCUGCCAAAGGGAUGUAGAAUCCUUGAGGGAGGCACACAAACGAGAGGUAAUCCAAAUGAAGGAGGAAACCCAAAAGGAAAUGAACCGAAUGAAAGACAUUUGCGAGCAAAGCCGGAAAGAAGAACUGCUCAAAAUAGAAAAAGAAAAAAACCUCCAGAGUAAGCUCGACGAAUGCACCGCUCUCCUGAAGGAGAAGGACGAAGAGCUGCGGCUCGCCAUUCGACAGUACGACCAGAAGCUGCAGGCCCAAAAUAGGGAAAUGGAGGCCCUGGUGAACGAGUGCGAGCAGAAGCUCCGGGAGGCCCGGUCGGCCAGGCGGGCCGGCACCAUCGCAAGUGCCGCGGAGGAGGAGAGAAAGUUGGAAAGGAUGGAAAGGAUGGAAAAACUGGAAAAAUGCGUGGAGGCCGCAGAUGAGGAUGUCUCCAACAUAGGGGACGCCGCUACCCCCGCUAACCCUGCCCACAUCGCGCAGCUCGAGGAAAGCCUGCGGGAAGGCGAAACGAAGAUCGGCCAACUCGAGAAGGAGCUGCUCGACUCGAGGCGGGAGUUGGCCCAGUUGGCGCAGAAGAACCGCGAGCUGGCCGACGGCAAAGCGGAGGCAGACAGGGAGGUUGCCAAUUUGGUGGCGGAGAAUGAGCGGUUGAAGGGGGAGCGGCUGAAGGAGGAGCGGCUGAAGGAGGAGCGGCUGAAGGAGGAGCGGUUGAAGGAGGAGCGGUUGAAGGAGGAGCGGCUGAAGGAGGAGCGGCUAACGGAGGAGCGGCUGACGGAGGAGCGGCUGAAGGAGGAGCGGCUAACGGAGGAGCGGCUAACGGAGGAGCGGCUAACGGAGGAGCGGCUGACGGAGGAAGAGCCCCUGCCAGUCGCGGGAAAGAAAAAAAAAAAGAGGCAUAAGAAGGGCACCUCCAAGAAGGGGCGCCGUGAAACGGAGCAGACUUGCGACGAGGGGGGCCCCACGGAGGGAAGUAACACGGAGGAGGGGAAGAAGAAAACGGAGGCGAAGAGGAAAAAAGGAAAGGGAAAAGGAAAAGGCAAAACUGGUUGGGAAGAUGCAGAUGAAGAGGGCAAUGCGGCCGAUGGAAACCACCGCGACAGUGGCGACACGCGAGAAGAGACCGAGGAAGGGGAAGCGCUCCUCGGCGCAGACGCACACAUGGCAUCCCUCAGCCUCGUCCCAUCAAACGAACAAAACUGCUACGCAUUCCUGAAAGUGAUAAACGUGAAACUAGACGAAAUCGUGGAGAAGCUUAAAGCCAAGGAGGACCCCCUGCUCAUAAACGACGCGCUCAACAAAAUCAAUAUGGCCAUCUCGACGUGGAACUUGUUCGCAGACCCGAACGCGGCAACGGUGGGGGAGUCGGGGGGAGAAGCCCCAACAGAUGGAGAAGUCCCACCAGAUGAGGAGCCCCUACCGGGUGGCGAAGCCUCACAGACUGAUGAGGCCGAACCGACCGAUGCAGACAUAGGCGAGGGGCACUUCUCCGACGAGCGGUAUGAAGCCCUCAAGAGGGAAGUCGCCGAAAAGGUGGAGCUCAUUCUCCAGAUGGUGUGA